GGCGUGCAGACGGCAGGAGUUGGAGUUCAGUCACGGACACGGACGCAGUACUUCGCGUGACACGGGAUUUAGCGGGCAUAGCACGUUACCGCUCCGCCGGUUGUAACGACCAGCAGAUAGACGGGAUUUACCUAUCCUGUCAGCAUCGUUUCUCAUUCUAGUCAAUAAUUUUAAGUGUACAGUAUGCCGGUACCAGUGUCACCACGCAAAAAUGAUUCUAGUCAGGGUGUGGAUGCAUCAACGCCUGAGGUAGGGGCAGAUCCAGUACAGGAAUCAGCUCAAUCGCCAGCCAUCCCUCCCAGCCUCAAUGAGGAGGAGGAAAUAGUUGAUCCUGAUGUUGUGGCUGGCUACCAGGACUGUUUGAAGGAAACAUUGAGGUUUUUAUUAGAGGAGGAGCAUCUGCCAGAGGACCAUCCAGUGGUGACUGGCCUCGCUGCACAUCUAACUCGAGAACAUGCCCAUGUGGAACUCACAAAACUCUCCCACCAGCUGUCCAGUGCUAUUGUGGAUGCACAUAAUACCCCAUCUAAUGUGCUAGUAGAGGAAGCUCCUUCAGCCAAUAAUGCUACUGCCUUGAGAGUGCCAAUGACAUUAAAUGCAGGGUUUGAAGUAACAUUAGUUGAAGAUAAUAGUGAAGAUGAAGAAAUUGUAGUGUUAGAUGAUAAUGAAGCAAUGGAUGAAGAUGAGUUUGAAUAUAUUAACAUUGAGGAAUUGAGUGACAGUGAAGAUAACAGUGAAUAUGAAAUAGAAGGUGAACUGGAGGAAGCAAGAGUAACAGAGGCACUUAUAACUGAUCCAGAACUACAGCGACAGUUAAUACGGUUUGUGUAUCAGGGCUGUGAUCUUUUUGCUGCACCACAGCCCAUCAAUCCAGCAUCUUACCAAGGAAUGGUACUACAACUGUGAUGUUUUUCACUAGGUUAUUGUUAAUAUACAUCACACCUUGGAGGGUACUUGCAAGAUACUGUAGUAAACUUUUAACUGCCUGAAAUGGUUGGAACGUGUUUAAAUCCAAUUUAUUUUACUUCAAAUUAGUACAAACCUAAUACAGUAUAGCUAUUUCCUAUAUGCAAUCAGGUGCUUUUUCUCCAAAGAAAAAGCACACACUGAGGAAAUAUGUAAUUAGUCAACUACAGUACUAUACAAAUUUAGCUACUGAUCUCAUUAUCUGUGCUUCCUAGUAUUUAGUUUUAUCAUAACUUUGAAAAGCAGUUUUCUUUGAAUUACCUCAUUCGUAUCAAAUCUCUCGCAAAGAUACUGAUUGAAAUUUAUACCUUUAACAUUAAUAUUUUUUUUUUUUGCCUUGUUAUUGAACUUUCAAUUUCUGAUACAGUACUCCAUUCAAUGAUAGAUCUUCCUUUACUGGAAAAAUAUGAAACUCUUGGCAAUAAAUACAUAAUCCAAACCAAAUUACUGUACUGAACUUUCAAAUGAAAUACAGUAGUUUAUUGUAUAUUAGCUGCAAACGUCAUUGUAAAUCACAUAAAUCAUUACAAAUUUAGGUGAAUAUUCUCAUACUGAUUUAAAGUCACUGAUACAUGCUGGCAAUGUUGAUUGACACUGCCUUCACCCCAAGAUUCUCCUACUGGUUUAGUGGAACUGAAAUAUCAGUGUUUUAUCUCCAGCACAUAGGAACACUAACUUUGAAUGUUUCUCUUGUACCUGUUCAAACAACAAAGUCAAUAUUUUUAAUAGUGAGUUUAAAGGUUGCACAUCUAAGGCACUGACUGCUGAUAUUCACCUCUUUCCAGAACAUCAUGCCAAAUGACUUAUAUAUCAGAAACUUUGAUAAUCUCAGCAGAAAAGGAGUUUUUGUACACAAAAAAGUGAUGUCUACAAGCAGACAAAAUUAUGACCUGUAUGGACACCUUUCCAUCAUGU